UGAGAUUUCAACUUUCUAUAUAACCAUUCCAUCAUUGGGCAUCAUAAAUGUUUUGGUACCAAUAAGGCAAUAACCAAAGGAAAUGUUUUCUUUCAUAAAGAACUACCCCUUUUACUACUAUUCAUGCAUCGUGUUAGUAAUUUUCGUCAGUUUAAAAUGGAUUUUAUCUCUUUUCAAGACCAAUAAAAAUUUACCACCAUGUCCACCAAGGCUUCCUAUCAUCGGAAAUCUCCACCAACUAGGUUUGAGCCCCCACCGCUCUCUUCAAGCCUUGUCCCAAAAACACGGUCCACUCAUGUUGAUGCACCUUGGCAAUGUGCCCAUGCUUGUUGCCUCCUCACCUGAAGCAGCCAAAGAACUCUUGAAAACCCAUGAUAUAAAAUUUGCUAGCCGACCAAAGUUAAGAAUCCCAAACAUUCUUUCGUAUGGCUCCAACGACAUAGUAUUUGCUCCUUAUGGAGAGCAUUGGAGGCAAUUGAAAAGCAUCGCUGUAGUCCAUCUUCUAAAUAAUACACAAGUCCAGUCAUUUCAACAAGUGAGGGAAACGGAGGUGGCAUUUAUGGUUGACAAGAUCAAAAAAAGUUGUGGCUCUUUAGUUGAUCUUAAUGAGUUGAUUUUUUGUCUUACGAAUAACAUAGUCAGCAGGGUGAAUCUAGGGAGGACAUAUGGUGGGUUAAAGUUCGAAGACAUAAUGGGCAGGUUUCUGCAUCUGCUUGGUGGUUUCCAUGUUGGAAGUUAUAUUCCAUGGUUGGCUUGGAUAGACCGAUUGAGUGGUUUAGAGGAGAAAGCACAUAAAGUCGUUAAAGAGUUUGAUGAUUUUCUUGAAUGUGUUGUUGAAGAACAUGUAGAUAAGAGAAGAGGGGUGGAUACUCUAUGUAGUGAAGAUCAUGAUCUAGUUGACAUCUUAUUGGAUGUACAAAGAGAUAAUGCAAUCGGCUUUACCUUUCAUAGAGAUGUCAUCAAAGCCCUCAUUUUGGAUGUAUUUGUUGCUGGAACGGAUACUACAUUCAUAAGUUUGGUAUGGUCAAUGAGUGAGCUAAUAAGAAACCCAAGAGUAAUGGAAAAAGUACAACAAGAAGUAACAGAAAUCGCACAAGGGAGAUCCAUGAUUCUGGAGAACGACUUAGAGAAAAUGCAUUAUCUUAAAGCCAUCAUCAAGGAGACCUUACGUUUGCAUCCUCCAGUGCCGCUACUUAUUCCUCGAGAAUCAAUACAAGAUGUGAAAGUAAUGGGGUACGACAUUCCAACAGGCACACAAGCGUUUGUGAAUGUUUGGGCGAUAGGAAGAGAUCCUUCCGUAUGGGAAGAACCAGAAGAGUUUAGGCCUGAAAGGUUCUUGAACUCUUCUAUAGACUAUAAAGGGCUUCACUUUGAGUUUCUUCCAUUUGGUGGUGGACGUAGAGGGUGCCCUGGAAUUCCAUUUGCUAUAAUAAUCAUUGAAUUAGCAUUAGCGAAUAUGAUAUACAAGUUCGAUUUGGCAUUACCUGAUGGAGUAGAAGGCAAGGAUUUGGACAUGAACGACAAGUAUGGCCUUAGUCUUCAGAAGAAAUCUCCUUUAAUUGUUGUGGCAACUUCUCGUUUCUAGUAGUUGCCUCAUCAUGUAACUUUCAAUAAUAAUAUUGAAGAGAUGUUUCAUAAUAAA